AUGCCUCCAAUCACCAGGGCUAUGGCGAAGGGGACUAAAGCCAAUAGCCUACCAGAUCCCAAGAAAUCAAGAGAUAGCAAGGUGACCAAGCCGAAGAAGUCGAAAGGAAAAUGGCGGCACGCGUCACUGAAGCCACGCAAAGGCAAGCCCAAUCCUUACCAUGUAGAGAUGCUCGAAGAGAUGCUCGAAGAAACGCUGCACAACACGAUCAGAGCUUCUCCGCCGGCGCACCACGUUGGAGGUUUGCCGCAACCCGCUGCCUUCCGGCGAGCCAAGAAUCCCGGCUCAAGCCCUCCACAAAAACACACCAAAGCCAAGAAGCCGUGGUUUACGCAGUUCGAGUUUGGAGGCUCUGCGCCAUCCGCCGCCUCUUGGCGAGACGGGUUCCGGGGUUUCAGCCCUCCACGAGUAGGCCGGAACACGCCACAGAAGCCGCUACCUUCGGAGUUCGAUUUUGGAGCUCCUCCGCCCAUGCCGGCCUCAGAGCUGUACGGUCACCUGCGAUUCAGCCCUUUACUAGGCCACAAGAAACCGCAAAAGUCGCAACCCACGGAGUUCGGCUUCAGCCAAUCCGAAUAUGUCCCCGCGCCUGCUGCUGACAAGGAAGAAGUCUCUGGCCUCCGUAAAGAAAUGAACAAAAUAUUUGAUUGUGCUAAGGCAGCCAUGGCGGAUGUGCUGACCACGCUUGAGUCACAGGCCUGUAACUGUGGAGAUGAGCACAUCAGCUUCGAUGACCUGGAGCGUCUCAUCCGCCGCUGUGACAAACGGUACGCCGGUGUCGAAAGACUGGCGCGUCUGGAGGCUCGUCAGCUCACAGCCACUGCUCUGCAGCGCCGCCACAGGCAAACCCACCGGCGAUUUGUCCUGACUAUGCGCCGGGAGGCGGAUCACCAGAAGCACGUGAAUAAGACCUUAUGUGAGUUGGCGGGUAGAAGUCUUUGGGUCGAGGAACAACUCAAGGCUGCCUCCGCGGGAUUCGACGAGGUGCGAGGCAGCCAACAGGUCAUGGGUCAGUACCUGGAGCAGUUCGCAAUUCGCAUCGCGGAUAUCGAAGCAUAUAUCAAGGGACACACGCAAUGGGGACUUUGA